GCUCGCUCACCAGUCUCCAUAAUAUUCACUUAAAUGUGCCCAUCGAUGAACUUCUAUAAAAGGAGCCUCUCCCUCUACAAACUCCCACAAACCUCAAAAUCCGAAUUCCCCUUCCAAGUCUUCGCCCUCUCUCACUAGCACAGGUUGUAGAAGAUGAAGGAUGGAGGAGAGAAAAGAUAUGCUCUUCUUUUGGCAGUAAAGGAUUCUGAGUACGUGAAGAAAGUAUAUGGUGGAUACUUCAAUGUGUUUAUUGCAGCUUUUGGGGAAGAAGGAGAGAGGUGGGACUUGUACAGGGUUGUAGAGGAGGAGUUUCCUGACAUGAAUGAGCUCCAAAACUAUGAUGGUUUUGUGAUUAGUGGCAGCCCUAGUGAUGCGUAUGCCAAUGAUUACUGGAUUCUCAAGCUCUGCUUGCUCUUGCAAACUUUGAAUGCCAUGGAGAAAAAGGUCCUUGGGAUUUGCUUUGGUCACCAGGUAUUGUGCAGAGCACUGGGUGGAAAGGUGGGUAGAGCCUAUACAGGGUGGGAUGUGGGGCUGAGGAAGGUUAGCAUAGUGAAGGAUUUGGCCCCUGCAUGCUGCUUCCUUGAUGAUGAAUUGGAUGAAAUCCCAACUUGCCUUUCCAUUAUAGAGUGCCACCAGGAUGAGGUUUUUGAGGUCCCAUUAGGAGCUGAAGUGAUUGCAUUCUCAGACAAAACAGGUGUGGAGAUGUUCGCCAUUGGAGACCAUGUUUUAGGCAUGCAAGGCCAUCCUGAGUACACCAAGGACAUCCUUCAAAAUCUCAUCGAUCGCCUUCUCGAUAUGGAUGCUUUUGAGAGAGGUUUUGCCGACAAAGCAAGGCAUGGAUUGCAGACAGCUGAACCGGAUAGGAAGUGUUUGCAAAGGAUUUGCAAGAACUUUCUCAAGGGAUGA